UAUCUGAUAUGUACCAUCUCAACCAAAGCCACCUUUUAAAAAAAGAAGUUCCUGUCUAGUCAUGUGACUUCCUCAAGCGUUUAGUUCUGCACUCCAGCGAUCAGAGAAUCGCUUUUCUUCUGCCUCUUCCUGCGCUGGUGGCUUUCGUCUUUCUGACAGGAGCGAGACUUUUACACACCUGACGGCUGGGAGACACUGACCACCACCAUGUUACGACGGAAACCAUCCAACGCUUCGGAAAAGGAGCAGAACCAAGUGCAGAAGAAGAAGCUCUCUCUGCAAAGGUCCAGUAGCUUCAAAGACUUUAUGAAGCCAAAGCCAUCAUCACCUGUAAGCAACCCUGAGCCUCUACUGGACGAAUCACUGUUGGAAGCAGCGCCACCAGAGGAAUCAGGGAAAAGUAAUGGGAAACUGGGAAAGAAAUGGAGAAACGUCAUAACUCGCACAAUGACCCGUAAAACAUCCAAGAUGGUACAGAAAGCCCUUGCAGAGGAGGGGAAUGAGAGUUGUGAGGACGGCUCUAUGUCCCCUAUGUCUCCCACUGACUGGACGCCUGAUCUGACUGCUGGAAACAGGACAUCAGUGUGCUCCAACAGCUCAGAGGACACAAUCCACAGCCCGCUCUCUCGCCAGCUCUCUGGAUGUGCAGACAGGCAGAGUCUGGACAGCGGCUUCAGCCAGCGGGACAGUAUGAGACUUGAGGACAACAUCUACAUGGGGCCCUUCUGCGGCAGAGCUCUUGUCAUAACUGACUUCACCCCCAGCCCGUAUGAUAUGGACUCCCUCAAACUACAGAAAGGAGACAUCAUCCAGAUUAUUGAGAAACCACCAGUGGGCACCUGGACUGGCAAACUCAACAACAAAGUGGGCUCUUUUAAAUUCGUCUACGUCUCAAUGCUACCAGAGGAGGAAACACCACCAAAAAGGAAGCGAACCCACAGUCAUGGGCGCCAGAAACCCAAACCAAAAACCUUGGAGGAAGUUCUGGAGAGAAUAGGCCUGACUGAGCUGGGAUCUCUCCUGUCCAUGCAUGGCUUCCAGAGUUUGGAGGACUUUACUGGCCUGAAGGAGUCCCACCUGAAUGAUCUGAACAUCACAGACCCGGAGCAGCGUGUAAAGAUACUGAAAGCCACAGAACUGAUUCAUGACUCGGAGGAUGAAUCCGAUGCAGAGGAGCAAAAGACUGAAAUGCCACGGGACUCUGGUUGUUAUGAGAGCACAGAGAACCUGGCAAACGAACGCGAGGAGCCCCAGGUGGAUUCCCAAGCGGAGCCAGAGACAGAUCCAGACACGGAGAUAAAGCUCAAUGCUGUACAGGAACAACUGGAGGUGAUGAAGGUGGAGGAAAGCCCCGAGACUCAGACAGAGUGAAGCCACCAGUGUAUGUUCCUUCAUUUGAUCCUGCUUCUUUAACUCUCUUUGAUGGUCAAGAGCAUGACAUAGCCAUACGCUGGAUUAAAUCACAUGAAGAAAAACAUUUUCUCAUGCACAGCCCAUACUGAGGCCAAAAUCAUCUCUUAGAUGAAGGUCAUCUUCAAUGGAAAGAGCUCUUUGAUGUUGUUGUUCAGAAAGUGACACCACUUUAAAAAUCUAGGCUUAGCUUUUAUGAUUUUAGCGGGAAAAGGAAGCAUAUAGUGUUUGUUUUUUUUCCUUACGUCAUAAAAUACAAAGCAGGGUGGUCCCUUUAAAAUCAGAUUUACUUGUGAGGUUAAAUAAGCCAUCCUUUCUGUUAAAUAUUUCAUGUACUAAACAUAUACCGGCCACUUUAUUAGGUACACCUUACUAGUACCGGGUUAGACCCAUUUUGUCUUCAGAACUGCUUUAAUCCUAUGUGGCAUAGAUUCAACAAGAUACUGGAAAUACCACAUCCCAAAGAUGCUCUAUUGGAUUGAGUUCUGGUGACUGUGGAGGCCAUUUGAGUACACUGAACUCAUUGUCAUGUUCAAGAAACCAGUCUGAGAUGAUUCACGCUUUAUGACAUGGCGUUAUCCUGCUGGAAGUAGCCAUCAGAACAUGAAUACACUGUGGUCAUAAAGGAAUUGACAUGGUCAGCAACAAUACUCAGGUAGGCUGUGGUGUUGACACAACGCUCAAUUGGUACUAAUGGGCCCAAAGUGUGCUAAGAAAAUAUCCCCCACACCAUUACACCACCACCAGCCUGAACCGUUGAUACAAGACAGGAUGGAUCUACACUUUAAUGUUGAUGCCAAAUUCUGACCUCUGACAUCUGAAUGUCGCAGCAGAAAUCGAGACUCAUCAGACCAGGCAAAGUUUUUUUUUCCAAUCUUCUAUUCUCCAAUUUUGGUGAGCCUGUGUGAAUUGGAGCCUCAGUUUCCUGUUCUUAGCUAACAGGAGUGGCACCCGCUGUAGUCUUCUGUUGCUGUACCCCAUCCGCCUCAAGGUCGGCAUGUUGUGCGUUCAGAGAUGCUCUUCUGCAAAUCAUGAUUGUAAUGUGUGGUUAUUUGAGUUACUGUUGCAGUUGCAUUUCUAUUAGCUCGAACCAAUCUGGACAUUCUCUGGCAUCAACAAGGCAUUUAUACCCACAGAACUGCCACUCACUGGAUAUUUUCACUUUUUCGGACCAUUGUCUGUAAAUCCUAGAGAUGGUUGCGUGUGAAAAUCCUAGUAGAUCAGCAGUUUCUGAAAUACUCAGACCAGCCUGUCUGGCACCAACAACCCUGCCACGUUCAAAGUCACUUAAAUCACCUUUCUUCCCCAUUCUAAUGAUCAGUUUGAACUGCAGCAGAUCGUCUUGACCAUGUCUACAUGCCUAAAUGCACUGAGUUGCUGCAAUGUGAUUGGCUGAUUAGAAAUUUGCGUUACUGAACAGUUGGAAAGGUGUACCUAAUAAAGUGGCUGGUGAAAUUCUGUGUGACCUAACUGUGAUUCUCUAAUAUCUGAGAAGCUUUAUCAAUCUUCAAACUAAGUAGCAUUUUUUUCUACUACUAUUCUACUGUUUCUGUCAUAUUGAAUGUACAAAGUAAUAUGCAGCUGGUGCGCUCCAAAUGUUUUUUUUUUGUUUUUGUUUUUUUUUGUUUUUUUGCAAAGUAUGAAAGGGAAAAGCAUAUAUUGUUCAGUUUAUGUAUGUGUACUUUCAUAUUAUACUUUUGCUUUUAUUGUCAAAUGAUUUGGUUCCUGUUUAUGGUAAUGUUCCUUUUUAUGUGGUGACUUUGGUUUUCGAAAUGAUGGUUUAAUACUUGUUUCAUUGUUACCCUUCUGUUUGUUUGUAUGAUUUCUGUAAACAAUUCUUAACAAAAACAC